ACGGCUUCAGCUGGGUUCCUCUGCAGGGGACAUGUAUGGUUGUGUUGAAGGCAAGCGGUGCUGGGCUGGGGUUUAUGUGGACAUGGCAACAAACGAGAUAUGGCAUCUCGAAACCGGGGGGCGCGUGUAUCUCUCUCCUGGCACCGCUGCAGCUGACCCUCUACGCGGGUGCUUGAGGUGGUGGGCGGAGGAAGACCUACUGCACACGGCCGAUUGCAAUGAGAAGGUUUUCAGUCGGGUGGACGUGGUCAGUAAAAUGCGGCGCGAUCCAGCACGAGCUGGAACACUUGCUGGGUUUACUGCGGAAGUCAGCUCAACAAUCGAUGCAGUGCGCGGAGAUGGUUCUGCACCCGCCAACUCAGGUGGCAUCGGCAAAAUACGUCUCGUUCGCGACCCUUUCGGGUUUGUGUUUCCCGGCUGUAUGUACGUGCUGUCAAUGCAGUCAGGAUCAUCGAGCAAGAUGGCGAACAGCGACGGUGUUUCUGUGGUACUCAAUCGGGAUGGAACAGUCACAAGUACUGCUGGUGGAGAGCGCGUUGCCAGGUGGCUUUUUCCUCGGAAAAAGUCUCUCGCCGGCACGAACGAUGAGUCGUGGGCUUCGGGGAAUCAAGUGCUGCUUCGGUUCAACACCGAUUUUCUUCAGGUCGGACUUCCCGCCACAGCUUGGGAGGUUGGAGGAAGUCGCGACGUAAGACUUUCAUCGUCAGAUGGCGGGAGGACGUGGCUACCGGUAUCAGAGUGCAACAGCCAAUUCAAGCUGGAAAAGGACUGUGAUGUUGACUCCAGAAUUAUCCUUUCGCUGGUGGCGCCGUUGACCUUGUCAAUGUUUCCUCUCACCGCCGCGGUUUCGCCCUUAGUACGCUACCUGAAUGGAGACAAUAACUUCAACCAGGAAAUGGCGCCGCCGAUAGCUACCCUCAGGAACAAUUUGCAACCUCUGGUGGAGGUCUUCGAAAUUCAGCCAAUCCGUCUAGACGGUGACCAUGGUGGUGCACCGAAGAAUAUUGAAGCUAUCAUCGUAAUUUCAAGAGCGGUGCCGCGACCGACGAAAGGAGAAGGCGAUCUCUCAUGCGUGAUCAACGGCGUUCAAACGCGAGCAGUUUGGCUGUCUUGGGGCAUGGUGUUGUGCAGUACUGCACGUGUCAAGGCAAAAGAGGCAACCGUAUACAUCACCUUUGAAGACAAGCGUUUCAGCAUGGACUUUUCCUUCCUUCAUGCACCUGCGCCCCGCCAUCUUCGUGUGGGAUGGCCAGCUACGGAAUCGUUCGGUGCAUUGACGCGCGGAUUUUCUCAAAAGGCCGUUGGACUUGAACAUGCUGCCGAGAUUGGUGUGUCAGACGGUUUCGGCGAGGGACCGUUGGAGACGGAGUUGGUCCUGUGCACCAUGUUCAAAAACGAGGCGACGUACUUGGAAGAGUGGCUGCAAUAUCAUCAGCUGCUUGGAGUUUCGCGGGUGUACCUCUACGACAAUGGCUCCUCAGACAGGUCAAGGGAUCUUCUUAGAAAAUUCGAGCGGUCAAAAUUUGUCCAGGUUCGCGAUUGGCCCUACGAUGGAGCGCAAACUGAGGCUUUGAACGACUGUCUAUGUCGCUUUCGACAUACGGCAAGGUGGAUGUCAUUCAUCGAUGUUGACGAAUUUAUCGACCCUGCGCCAGGCCUGCCACUCAGGAGAAAAAUGGAUUCCGUGGAAGGAAAUCUCCGCCAGUUGGACGCUCAUCGAUUCGAGUUCGUUGAUGGCUAUAUGUCGGCACGACGAAAACGAUUGCGACACCUUUUGGAGCAAUCGAUACCGAGGCGACAUACACAUUGCAUGGCGUGGGUCAACUACUGUUCUCGCGGACAAGUGUCGAAGCCGCCAGGUGGAAUAAUUGAGAAUUACCAUGAAAUUGAGGAUAUGGGAGAGCCGAAGAUCCAUAUGCAAAAACCGCUUUUCAGGGCGUUGGAAUCACUCACACUUCGGAAGAUUGGACCGCACUUCUUGCUGUACGCCACAGAAGAUGUCACCCUGCAGUACCGAAGAAACUUGAGCUGUCCGUAUGAAUGGCUGGAUCCCGAUGCAUUCCGUAUUCGACACUACCGCAGCAAGUCGUUGGAGGAGUACGUGCAAAGGAGGACCGGUGCAGACUCGGCGUACCGUAACAAGCGAUACACGAAGGAACAACUGGCGUUGGAGUGGCAGGAGACUAAUGCCCAGUGCGGAAACGACCGUGGUUGAAGACUGAGGCAUCGGAGUUGCCCAUAGUGAUGUGCUCUUUCACGAAGAAUUCAACGCGAUUUGAUUUCCAUAACUGUGCCUUCACCCACGUGGAUUGGCCAGAGUGGAACUUCAACUUGUUUGUCCAAGAGGCAUGCAUCAUGCACCAUACGCUUACUACGAGGACACCAGUUUUUUGUGCGAAUCAUGGUAGUAUUUUGUUUGGAGCGGCCCAUAGGGGUGCUUUUGGUUUUCCAAAAAAUGUUUGAAGGGAUCGUGAUGUACCUGUAGCGCUAAAAAAAAAAUAAUGGCAGAGGGGGCGUGAAAAAAUGGACCAUGCGUGUCUGUCUGUCUGUCACUAGCCUCGAUCAUUACCCAGCAGACUGGAGGCUAUUUUACCGUGUAGGCACCAAAUUGCAUUCCAAGACUUGUGCCCAACUUGUCCCAAUAGCUUCCCGCUCAAUCCGUGCUCAGCGCAUUUAGGUACGAACGCAUUGACGUGUGCGGAACAUAUGUAUGUGUCGGACUCACGCGUCCCCGAGACCGAGGGGGAGACGUUGUUGUGUCGAACCAGGUUAUUCUCUUCGCCUGCCGCUGCUGGUAACCGGCUGGUAAAAUGUCAUCGCAGAGAGAUGGGCAAGGGUGAAGGGAGACAGACUCCAGCAGGGAGGAGGGAGACGGGAGGGUGUGACCAAUAUAACACUGCCGCUGCUGCUUAGCUAACGGCGGCAGCGAGAGGUGGGGAGAAACGCUUGCCAUUGGUUGGUUGGUUGUUUCACUAUCUCGAACGAGAGAGGUACACACACACAAGCUGAAGUAAGGCAAACCACUAUGCGGGAACUUUCA